AUGCGUGUAGUUGUGACCGGUGCAGGCGGGCAAACUGGGAGUCUGGUUGUGAAGAAGCUGAUAGAACAUGGUAUUGAAACAACUGCCGUGGUGCGAAGUGAAGUCAGCAAGAACAAGCUGGUUGAUCAACUUGGUGCUAAAGCUGCUGUUAACAUUGUACUGGCGGAUGUUACCAAUCCCGACACUUUGAGGCAAGCCUUUGUCGGUAUGGAUGCCUGUGUCAUUGUGACAAGCGCUAUGCCACGACUGCUAAAGUCCUCUUUGCUUGGUGUGAUCCUUGCGAAAGUCUUCACACUAGGUUAUGUAUCGAAAAAGCCUUCGUUCUAUUUCGAUGAGGGACAGUCGCCUGAGACAGUUGACUGGAUGGGCCAAUGCAGUCAGAUUGAUGCCGCCAAAGCUUCCGGACUGAAACAUGUUGUCCUUGUCUCGUCAAUGGCUGGGACAAAGCCGGACCAUUUUCUGAACACGCAAAUGGAGAACAUCGUACUCUGGAAGAGGAAAGCCGAGUGCUACCUCGUGGCGAGUGGCAUACCUUAUACCAUCAUCCACCCUGGCGGUCUCCUGCCGCACUUCGGGGACAGUAAACCAGCUCCAGGCGGGCGGCGACAGCUCUAUGCUGGCAUUGAUGAUUCAUUGAUGGACGACGGAGAAAACCGUAGCCAGGUGCCUCGGGAAGAUGUGGCAGCCGUUUGUGUCGCCAGCCUUUUGGAGCCCCAGCUUUCGAAGGGCUCCAAUGCUUGCUACACGAAGGAGCAGGCAGAGUUCAAAGGCAGCAAGAAGAUAAGAAUCCUUCACGAACAUGCUUCGCAUGUGGAGGUCUUGGUGGAGUUCGUAGAGGCGAACCUGUGCCAGACCACUGGCAAGGCAUGGGCACAAGCUCUGUUGUAUAAGAAAGAGGGCGAGGAGUGGCUCGAGCAGCAUGUGGCAGCCAUGUGCAAGACAAGCUUAUUGGAGGACGACCCUGCCCCAACGGACGAGUUGUCUGACCAGGACUCAGAUCCCCCCGCCGUGCUUCAAUCGGAUGACAUCCAGGUUUCCGCUUCGGAAUCUUCCUUUACGCCGCAGCCGAGCCAGUCUGCUCCCUCCACCGUGAGACUCCAGGAUCUUGGGGAAGGAGUCUCGAAGCCGAAAGUUGGAAGCGAUGGAAGCGAGCAAGAGUCGCCGCAGCGUGUGGAGGAUGCAGCGCAGCCGCCGCAGCCGCCGCAGAGUGAGGCAGACGAGGCUUUUCCAGACGCACCAAUGGCGUCAAAGGUGGAACCUGAGGAGAGAGUGGCAGAGGAGGCAGAUGCCGCGCUAUCUGAAGUUCCGCCGGAGCUUGCUCCAGGCAAGGCGGGUAAGAAGGAGAAGAAGGAAAAGAAGGACAAGAAAGAAAAGAAAAAGGACAAGAGAGCCAAGAAAGAGAAAAAGGAGAAGUCAGACCCGACAACGGAAGCACAGCCGAGAGAGUCCAAGAGGCAGGCACCACAGGUUGCAAUUGUGGCGGCGCAGCUUGACAGCUCCAGCGAUUCGAGCAGUGCCGAGAUUGGGCAUUUGGAUAUUCUGGCUGGCGGGAAGACCUGCCUAGUCGAUGCUUCAAGGGCCAUGCUUUGCCAGAUACCUCACAGUUCGCACGUCAAGUCGAGCUUUACUGAUGCAGUCAACGGCUCAACGGGAUUCCAUGACUUGGAGACAAUUGGCAGACUUUCGGAGACAGAGGUGCUGGACUUCUUAGAGUCCCUUCGUGUUUAUCCAGGCCAUAAGCUACGGCUCCUUCGAGCCAUCGAAUGCUUGCGGCAUGCCGUGCUGGGAGCCGAUAGGCGGGAGGAGCAAAUGCUUGAAGAUGACGCGGCCUUGCAGCGGCUGUGCUCACAGAACUCUGAGCUGACACGAGGCAAGGUAGAAGCUGAGAAUGAAAGCAAGAAGUGGCAGCAAGAGACUCGCAGAUUGCUUGAAGUUAUCCGUGAUCAAGGAGCAGAGCUGCAGAAGCAGCGUGACAAAGUUUUAGAACUUGAGGAACUGGUUCAAGCCCAGACCGAACAGGUGGAUUUUCUGACCAGCCAGCUGCAUGCACUGGCACAGGCUGCUGGGCCAGAGACUCUGAAUGACAUGUUCCAAUCUCACAAGGGUCGUGGGGUGGAUUGGGGGCUCAGAGACACCGAGUCUCCACAGCCAGAUUUGCCUGUGCGAGCUAGAGCCUUCAGCGACUCAGACUCAUUGACGAUGCCGACACCUCUGGGAGGAUACCUGCAUGAGCCCGCUGUGGAACCACCGCGGGCCAAGUUCGCAAAGUCCAUGGAGAUUCCAUCUGCCAACGCCGAAGUGGAUAAUCUCAUAAGGUGUCUCGCAACUGCACUGCAGAACAAAGUCAUACUGUCGGUGGGAAAGCCUCGGCCCCACACCGGAUCAGUUGAAUGCCUGGCUGCUUGUGCCAUUUUCUUGGAGCCUGUUUGCAAAGAUAUGUUGGAAAAGCAGGUGCGACCUCGAGAAGCGUGUGGUGAGGGAUUUCCUGGCAACGAGCAAAGUGAUUUCGGCACGCCUUUGUCUAGCAUGUGCUCGCCAUUGAUGUCCAAAGAAUCAUCUGCGCAGGUCUCCGAAUCCUUGAACAAGCCAAGCCAUCCGUUCAACUCAAUUGCAGUUCGACGGAUUCCGAACAAAUGGGACAUAUAUGAUUUUCUUGAGCUCGUUAUCCAUGCAUUAGAGGUCCAUCCGGAGGUCAGCGUUGUCACGUUGGUGUAUUUGGAUCGGUUCUGUGAGACAAGUGGCAUUGCUCUGACGCCAGACAAUUGGCAAAGAUUAACAAUCACUGCAAUGAUGCUUGCUUCAAAGGUGUGGUAUGAUGAGUCCUACGAGAACGUAGACUUUGCCCAGAAAUUCGAUCUCUACAGCUUGGCAGAGAUCAACACCUUCGAACGCAUCUUUUUGAAAUGCGUCUCUUAUGACAUGUCUGUAAAAGCCGUACAGUAUGCACAGACUUAUUUCUUCUUAAGAACUUUGGGAGCAAAGGAUUCCGUAGAGUUCACCCUCCAGCCGUUAGACGAAGUGGGAGAGUCGCCCGUCAAGCCGGCUUGGGCAUGGGGCCUGGUCCAUCGCAAGUUGCGAUGGGUGUUCAUCACCUCAUGGAUGGCACAUCCAGCCAUCAUGACCGUGCCGUUCAUGACGCCCGAGAUGAUUCACGGGCCUUCGCACUAUCACCCAAUGGCCAUGAUUGUGGACCCAGCCAUGGUGAUGCCUAAGUUUAAAGAGAAGCAUGAGAAGAAGAGCAAGAAGGAGCGUGAUCGAGACAGAGAGAAGCAGAAACGAAAGGCAGAGAAGACUACCGAUGCUUCUGCCACAAAGCGGCACGAGCAGGAGAAGCGGCAGCUAAAGCAAAAAGAGAAAGUCGCUAAGCGCAAGGCACCGUGUCUGUGCUGA